GGGGGGAGAAUCCAUCGCGGCGUUACAUAAUGCGCCCAGCUUUUAAAUCGUGGCUUCCGGCGUGGCUAUGGAAACCCCGGGAUUAUGUAAAUACCGAAACCUUAACGCUGCGCUGUGGGGUAAAUGAUACCCCUCUGCACCCCCGGAGUGGUCCCGUGUUCACGUGCGGCAAAAUAAUACCGAUAACCAGCGGUGGGGCCACGCGUGUCCCUCGCCCCUGUUUGGCUUUUCCCCCAGCUCAGCACCUGUUAACGCUGUCAGGAGAUGGAAAAGCGGCCCAUUGGUAGGAGGAGGUACGAUGAGCACGAGGACCUCUCGGACGUGGAGGAAAUCGUCAGCGUCAGGAGUUUCAAUCUGGAGGAGAAAUUAAAGAGCAAAACGUACCGCGGGGAUUUCGUGCACUCUAUGGAUGGGAAAGAUUUUACUUUUGAGUAUGUGCAAAGAGAAGCUCUCAGAGUUCCACUUAUCUUCAGAAAUAAGGACGGACUGGGAAUUAAAAUGCCUGACCCGGAUUUCACCGUCAGAGAUGUGAAGCUAUUGGUGGGAAGUCGUCGAAUAGUGGAUGUGAUGGAUGUGAACACACAAAGAGGUGUUGAAAUGAGCAUGUCCCAGUUUGUGAGAUACUAUGAAACACCAGAGGCCCAGCGUGAAAAACUCUACAAUGUCAUCAGCUUGGAGUUCAGCCACACAAAGCUGGAGAACAUUGUCAAGCGUCCCAAUGUGGUGGACUUAGUCGACUGGGUGGAUAAUAUGUGGCCACAGCAUUUGAAGGAGAGACAGACAGAUGCUACCAAUGCUAUUUCAGAGAUGAAAUACCCCAAAGUGAAAAAGUACUGUUUGAUGAGUGUGAAAGGAUGCUUCACUGAUUUCCAUAUUGAUUUUGGAGGCACUUCAGUGUGGUAUCACGUUUUCCGUGGGGGGAAGAUCUUCUGGCUGAUUCCGCCUACUCUGCAGAAUCUAGAACUUUAUGAAGAAUGGGUUCUCUCAGGAAAGCAAAGUGAUAUCUUUCUGGGAGACAGGGUGGAACGAUGCCAAAGAAUUGAACUGAAACAAGGCUAUACAUUCUUCAUUCCUUCAGGGUGGAUACAUGCGGUUUAUACUCCAGUAGAUUCUCUGGUGUUUGGUGGAAAUAUCCUGCAUAGCUUUAAUGUUCCCAUGCAGCUUCGCAUCUAUGAAAUUGAGGACAGAACAAGGGUGCAUGCCAAAUUCCGUUAUCCUUUCUACUAUGAAAUGUGCUGGUAUGUUCUGGAGAGAUACGUGUCCUGUGUGACCCAGCGCUGCCACCUCAGCAAAGAGUACCAGAAAGAAUCAAUGUUAAUUGAUGCAAAGAGAAAACGCAGCAUAGACAGCUAUUCAUCGGAUUCGUGGUUAGACAUGGAUGAAGAAUCUUGUGAUGCUCAUAUCCGGGAGGAAAAGGAUGACAGCUUGGAUAAGAACUCCAAAUCCCUGGUGGAUGGCUCCUCCUCACCCAACAGCACACAUUCAGAAGGGAAGGAGGGUGCGGGGAGAAAACAAAAAGCCACAGUAAUGAGGUACCUAAAAAGAACUUUGUCUAAUGAGUCAGAUGACAGUGCAAAAUCAACGACCCCCACGGAUUAUCCCAAAACACCAACGGGGUCUCCAGCUACAGAAGUUUCAACCAAAUGGACUCAUCUCACAGAAUUUGAACUGAAGGGUUUGAAAGCCCUGGUGGAAAAGCUUGAAUCUCUCCCGGAGAACAAGAAGUGUGUUCCAGAAGGCAUUGAAGAUCCACAGGCUCUCCUGGAGGACAUGAAGAACAUUCUGAAAGAACAUGCUGAUGAUGACCAAAAUCUUGCGAUUUCGGGUGUCCCUGUGGUCAGCUGGCCCAAGAAGACCCCAAAGAACAGGGCGGUAGGACGGCCCAAAGGGAAGCUGGGCGCUGCCUCUGCGGUGAAGCUCGCAGCUAACCGGAGCACGGCCGGGGCGCGCCGGAGGAGGACGCGAUGCCGCAAGUGCGAGGCGUGCCUGCGGACAGAGUGUGGCGAGUGUCACUUCUGCAAAGACAUGAAGAAGUUUGGGGGGCCUGGCAGGAUGAAACAGUCCUGCAUUAUGAGGCAGUGUAUCGCACCGGUGUUGCCUCAUACUGCUGUAUGUCUGGUGUGUGGAGAAGCUGGGAAAGAGGACACUGUGGAAGAGGAGGAGAGCAAGUUUAAUCUCAUGCUAAUGGAAUGCUCCAUUUGUAAUGAAAUAAUACACCCAGGAUGCCUUAAGGUGAAGGAAUCAGAUGGUGUGGUUAACGAUGAGCUGCCGAACUGCUGGGAGUGUCCAAAGUGCAACCAUGCAGGGAAAACUGGAAAAGCGUACAAGCAAAAGCGCGGACCAGGAUUCAAAUACGCAUCAAAUCUCCCAGGCUCAUUGCUGAAGGAACAGAAAAUGAACAGAGACAAUAAGGAAGUAACAGAUGCUGCAAAACGGAAAGGGGACUGUGAAGAAACUCCCAGGCGGAAAUCUGAGGAACAUUCCAAAAAGCCUCAAGUUGACUCAAUUCUGAGGAGAAAGUCAGACGAAGUACAUCUGCGGAGGAAAAGGAAAUUUGAGAAACCCCAGGAACCCUCUAUGAGAAAACGGCGGCGAUCGUGGAAGGCUUCGGAUGAGCGGAGCGCCCUGCUCAAACCCCUGCGGCGCCUCAAACAGGAGCCGGAGGACGAGCUGCCGGAAGCGCCUCCCCGCUCCAAGGACAGCGACCAGUCGCGAUCCAGCUCGCCCACCGCGGGUCCCAGCACAGAGGGGGCCGAGCCCAGGGACAAGAAGAAGUUCAAGAUGAGGCGGAAAAGGCGGCUUCCCAAUAAGGAACUGAGCAAGGAGCUCAGCAAGGAGCUCAACCAAGAGAUCCAAAAAACCGAGAACAGCCUUGCCAAUGAGAAUCACCAACCCAUCAAAUCUGAACCCGAGAGCGAAAACGAGGAACCCAAGCGCGCCUUGAACAACAGCGAGAGACUCCAUAGGUUCAGCAAAGGGUUGAACGGGACUCCCCGGGAGCUGAGGCACCCGCUCAUCCCCAGCCUGCGGAGCACACCGCGGGGCAUCGCCCGGCCCCCGCCCUCGCUCUCUCCUCCCAAAUGCAUUCAGAUGGAGCGGCACGUCAUCCGGCCGCCCCCCAUCAGCCCCCCUCCGGACUCGCUCCCCCUGGAUGACGGGGCAGCCCACGUGAUGCAGAGGGAAGUCUGGAUGGCUGUCUUUAGCUACCUCAGUCAUAGAGACUUGUGCAUCUGUAUGAGAGUUUGCAAGACCUGGAACAGAUGGUGCUGUGACAAAAGAUUAUGGACCAAAAUAGAUUUAAACCAUUGUAAAUCCAUCACUCCACUUAUGCUUAGUGGCAUUAUUAGGAGACAGCCUGUAACCCUUGAUCUUAGCUGGACAAAUAUAUCUAAAAAGCAGCUGAGCUGGCUUAUCAACAGACUGCCAGGUCUUCGAGACCUGCUGUUAUCAGGGUGCUCAUGGAUAGCAGUGUCAGCACUUUGUAGUUCCAGCUGCCCUUUACUCCGAACUCUGGACGUGCAGUGGGCAGAAGGACUGAAAGACGCCCAGAUGAGAGACCUCCUGUCACCGCCCACAGAUAACCGGCCAGGCUGCAACGGGUGUACUUUAGAGAGUAUGGAAACACUUUCUUCCAGUUCAGGGAAGGAGCAGUUCUGUGGGUCAUGCCACAUUCGCCCGGAUAUCAGCUCAGGUCAGAUCGACAACCGGAGUAAACUACGGAACAUCGUUGAGCUGCGCUUGGCCGGCCUGGAUAUCACCGAUGCGUCUUUGCGGCUGAUCAUAAGGCACAUGCCUCUGCUCUCCAAACUCAAUCUUAGUUACUGUAACCACGUGACAGAUCAGUCUAUUAACCUGCUGACCGCGGUUGGAACAACCACGCGGGAUUCAUUAACGGAAAUUAAUUUAUCAGACUGCAAUAAGGUGACUGACCAGUGCCUGUCCUACUUUAAACGUUGUGGAAACAUCUGCCAGAUCGACUUGAGGUACUGCAAGCAAGUGACAAAAGAAGGCUGUGAGCAGUUCAUAGCAGAGAUGUCAGUAAGUGUUCAGUUUGGGCAAGUGGAAGAAAAACUUCUGCAAAAACUGAGUUAGUUAAAGGACACGUGUAAAUACUGGGGCGAGGCGGGGAAGGGACUAAGAACAUGUAGGGAUUUUAUUUUCAAUUGGGAACUUGGAAUAUUGGAAAAUACCGUGAUGGGAUUUUACAACUCUUGUCGAGAACAACAUGAAACUACCCACGUUAAGAAUCUCAACUUGUGCCACUAAUUCAGUCUACCUGGGAUGUCCUGCACUGGCUCUUAUGCAAAUUCAUAAGGCGACUGUUAUUGAUGAUAAUUGUUCACACCCGGAAGAAGACUGAUCUCCAAGGAAUACUGUUAUUUAAAGUACCACAGCAUGUGCUUGGUAGUGUAAAUUUGAUUUCUGCUUUUCAUUUCUUAAAACAAACAAACAAACAAAAAAAAAGUUGGUGUCAUUAAAGUGGACCACGCACUGCAUUUCUGCCUUCUUAACACAUUUUGUUUUGUUACAUCUUACAUUAUGCAGAACUAUUUUUGUACAAAAAUUGUUUAAAAAUUAUUUAUGCAAUGUUUGAAUGCAUUACCAGUGUUUCGGUUUUGAUUGCCAAUUUUUAUCUUUACUUAUGGUAGGAGAGAACUUAACCUAUACUUCGUAGACAGUAUCUAUCUACAAACGUGCCCAGGUCAGGAAAAGUAGGUUAAUACUUUCAACUUAAAGCAUGUUUUAAUGGAAGUUUAUAUCCUGCUUUGUAUACUUGAGAAGUGACAUAAGCAUGUUGUGGAAAUAAGGUGUAAAUUAUAGUUGAAGUAAAACACUUUGCCAAGUUUUAUCUGUAUAGAAAUCACCUUUUUUCUCAAAAUUUUAAAAAUUCCAAUUUCAGCUUUUGCACAUAGGAGGGUUUCACUCUGUAGCAUGAGCUCUUGUACUCAAUAUAAAAUUAAUUUAUACAGUGAGUCCAGCAGUAGAAUAAAUGGUCAAACGUAGUCUCUCUUUCUUUGAAGUGUGAGUUGAGUUCUCAUUUAAGGUUUAUAACAUGGUUAUUUCCUGAUUGUAAAAUUCUGCAUUCAUAAGUGCCAUUGUUGUAAGGUGUUGUUUUCGUAGACCUUCCUGAUGCAGUUUUACCUUUGUUGAAUUUGUAUAAACAAUUGUACAAAAACAGAUUCUGGCUACGAGGGCUUCUGUUCCAGCUGGGGGCUGUGGUUGGACUUCAGGUGUGUGGAGUGACUGCAGUUGUGGAGCUGCACAAGCCCUGCAAGCAGCGACGCUUCCUGCUGCAGCCCGGCCCUCCUCUGCUGAGUGCUGCUGUUGUGCAGUGAGGGUACUGAUCUGCUCUUGUCCCACACAGGACUUUGAGCAGAGGCAGAAUGGUGUUGGUGUGUGACACAGUAAGCCAUGCCUUGAUUCUGUGUUUUGUGGAACUGUUCCCAGCCUUGAUGGAAGCCAGCAGUAAUGCAGCCGUCCCGAUUUCUGCUGUGCUUCAGGCAGUAGCUCACGGUGCUCAGUGCAGGCUUUCUCCACUGCCUCCCAGCACGUUUUUACUAAGGGGAAAUGAAAUACACGUCCCUUCCUGCAGCUGCUGUCUGCCUGGGCACACAUUUGUAAGAGACAGGUAAAGCUUGGGCUGCCUGUCCAACACCUUCCCCACUCGUUAAGGAAAGAGACAGAGGCUGUGAAAGCCCAUCACAAAUCUUUAUUAAGCUUGUGUGGCUAACGAUCAGCAUGGAAGUAAUAUAUGGUACUUUUUUCAUUAGCUUACCCACUCAACGGAGACUCCGGGAAUUAAGUAGCAUUAAAAAGUUCUAAAAAAUAAAGCCAUUGAGAGGUUUGCUCCCUUCUGAAAAAUAGCCAGCAGUGUCUUAAAGCUGCAUAUUUUGUUUUGAGGAGGAGCUGCUUUCUCUUUUUCGAGCCAGCCACAUAAAGACAAGAGCUGGAAUGACAGGCAGUGUAGCAGAGGUAAGAAUUACCAGAUACUGAAGCCCUGGCAAAACAUUUUCUUACCUCUACUGCUUUGUUAGCAUGGGGGAAAUUCGAAGGAGAAACUGUAGCUUUAGCUGAAUUUUCUUUCCUCAUUUUUUUUCUUCUUUUAACUGUGAACUUACUUUUAGUCAAGCACAAGCAUGACCAUGCUUGGACACAAGGAUCCUGUCCCCACAUCUGAAGUGAUUUUGCAGCUUCCCUCAGAAGGCUGCAUGGGCAGCCUCAGGCACUGAGAAGGUCUUUGCUCCAAGACAACACCCUGCUGGAAGCUGAGCCGCCAGCAGCGCAGGUAUGCAGCAGCUAAUGGGAAGCAGGGGUAAUGGUGACUCAGUCUUGGUUAAUGUUGGUGAAUGUGAGGUUUUAAAGAUGAGGUUUCCUUUCCCCUGUCCUAAUUCAACCAUUCUCCCUUAAGGUUAGCAGUACUAUACAUUCCACAUGUUAGCAGCAAGUAGUUUCAUGACCCUGAUUAGUAUUCACAGUAAUAUCAGGUUGUCGGCACAUGAAGUACAAUCAUCACAUUAGAUUAAUAGUUACAAUAGGCAUGAGUGGAUUGAGAACCACAAGAAUACGAUUUCCUCUACCUCCUUUCUUGAAAAAUUAUUCCUAAACUAAAAAAAAAAAAAAAGUACUUAGUAAGCAGUAUUUGGAUACCACAUGAGAGCCCUACAGAGUGACAAAGAAUGGC